ACCCGGUUUGUGGGCCGAGCAUCAAUUCACUCCGUAUUCUCAUUGAGUUUACACGUGUUUGUCUCUGAAAAUCCAAAAUGCCUCCUAAAGCAAGUGGAAAAGCUGUGAAAAAAGCCGGCAAGGCUCAAAAAAAUAUCACCAAGACUGAUAAGAAAAAGAAGCGCAAGAGGAAGGAAAGCUAUGCCAUCUACAUCUACAAAGUGUUGAAACAAGUCCAUCCCGACACUGGAGUCUCCAGCAAGGCCAUGAGCAUCAUGAACAGCUUCGUCAACGACAUCUUUGAACGUAUCGCUGCCGAAUCUUCCCGCCUGGCCCACUACAACAAGAGGUCAACCAUCACCUCCCGGGAAAUUCAAACCGCUGUCAGGCUUCUCCUUCCUGGUGAACUCGCCAAGCACGCCGUCUCUGAAGGCACCAAGGCUGUCACCAAGUACACCAGCUCCAAGUAAAUCUAAAUCUUGAUCUCUCCGAAAACAAUCGGCCCUUUUCAGGGCCAACAAA